AUGGCGUCACGAAAGAAGGUUCUCCUCAAGGUGAUUAUCCUUGGUGAUAGUGGCGUCGGAAAGACGAGUUUGAUGAACCAAUAUGUCAAUAAGAAGUUCAGUGGAAGCUAUAAGGCGACUAUCGGAGCCGACUUUCUCACCAAAGAAGUGCUGGUCGAUGACCGGCUAGUAACAAUGCAGAUUUGGGACACUGCUGGUCAGGAACGGUUCCAGUCUCUGGGUGUCGCUUUCUACCGGGGUGCCGAUUGCUGCGUUUUGGUCUACGACGUGAACAACUCUAAGAGUUUCGAAGCCCUUGACAGCUGGCGGGAUGAGUUUCUGAUCCAGGCUAGCCCACGGGAUCCGGAAAGCUUCCCUUUUGUCGUGAUUGGUAACAAGAUCGAUGUGGAGGAAAACAAGCGCAUGAUCUCUUCGAAACGAGCUAUGACCUUCUGUCAAUCAAAGGGCAGCAUUCCGUACUUCGAGACCAGUGCCAAGGAGGCCUUGAACGUCGAGCAGGCUUUUGAAGUCAUUGCCCGCAGUGCGCUCGCACAAGAAGAGGCCGAGGAGUUCAGCGGCGAGUUCAGCGACCCUAUCAACAUCCAUUUGGACAACGAACGCGACGGCUGUGCCUGUUGA